ACACCCCGGUUCAGAUAGUUGUCUGUGCUCUUAUCUGUGCUCAGAGUUGAAUUUAAGUAUGUCGAAAUUGGUACUCUACGGCUUGGACAUAAGUCCCCCAGUGCGUGCCUGUCUUCUGACUCUGCGUGCGCUCGAUCUGCCCUUUGAAUACAAAAUAGUCGAUCUAUUAAAAGGAGAGCAUAGAACGGAGGAAUUUCUGCAGAAGAAUCCACAGCAUACAGUGCCCCUCUUGGAUGACGACGGUACCUUAUUCUGGGACUCUCAUGCUAUCUGUUGUUAUCUGGUGGACAAGUAUGGACAAUCGGACGAUCUCUAUCCAAAAGAUCUAGUGAAGAGAGCUAAGCUGGAGCAGCGUUUGUAUUUUGAUGCCAGUGUUCUCUUCAUGUCUUUGAGGAACAUAAGUGUGCCAUAUUUUUACAAAAAGGUCGCGACAGUGCCCCAGGAGAAGAUUGACAACAUUAUCGAUGCCUACGGUCACCUGGAAAACUUUCUGGGUGAUAGUCCUUAUUUGACUGGCGAUACUGUGACAAUUGCCGAUUUCUGUUGUGGCGCUACAGCAUCUUCUUUGCCUGCAAUGGUGAGCAUCGAUCCGGAGAAGUAUCCAAAGAUUACCGCCUGGCUGGCACGCCUCGGUGAGCUGCCAUAUUAUAAAGAAGCCAAUGCCAAGGGAGCUGAGGAGUAUAUUGCAAUACUGAAAGACGUAUUUACUAUUGUCUAAAAAAUGUUGAUGUUUUGUUGUUACAUAAAUUUGAUUAAAUAAAAAAUCGAUAACAAUGCGAUAGUAUUAAUUGU